UAUAUUCUAAACAAGCGCGCGACGUGCUGACACGUUUUGUUUGUGCGCGCGAACUCGUGUCUCGCCGAACGAAACGCUGAAAUAUCAACGGUGACUUUGUACCAGUGUUACGAUUACUUAAAAUCAGUGCGUACAAAAUCAGUUUGAAAUUAGUUCGUGAUCUCUCGACGAAUCGAAUGACAUUCGCGUGUUAAUUUGGCGGUAGAAGAUACGAGAGGAGAGACUGCCAACUAAAGGACCACGCGAGUGAUUACAUAUACGGGAGAAACAGAGAAACUCCCGUGGAAGGGAAUCGACGAUUUGAAGUCUGUGUUUUUGUUUACUUAGAAGCGGACUGCCCACGCGACAUCGAAACGUCGAAGAUAAGGCGAAAAACAUCCCGUUCGAAGAAUACGUCGGUUGUUGACGUUUUUGCAACAGAGAUCGUCAGACCACUCGGGAAACAAUGGCCUUCGAUUCUACGGGAAAUAAAAUUCUACGGGCCGUCUGAGAUUCCGGGCAACUUUCGCGACCAAAAGGUAUUAGUUCCUCGAACUCUUCGGUUCGCCUUCGAAAGUUGUUCGAGUGGUGAACAAAGAACAAGAAGAGGAACCGUUGGACGAGGGACGACGAGCAAACAAAAAGGGAAGAAAGCAGAAAGGAAGGAUCUUGCCAAUUACUGCCGCUCUGGAAUAAGAAUGGACCAUGAAGGAGUGCAGUGUGAGCUGGUAGUAGACGAGCGAUCGUCCUCUCGGUUAGUGCCUGGACGGUCAUCAACGGGAUUCUACAACGCUGAAUCGUUCACCCUGCAGGUGUUGCGCACGGCAGGUACGAAGUCGACAGGUGCAAUAAUCGGGGUUGACCCGGUUGUUGCCGCCGGGGCGGCGAUGCGACGAUGAGCUCGUUGAGGAUUCAGCUAUCCCUCUACACCCGACCAGAGCCCCGAGUAGUAGCAAGGCCGGGUCGCCUCACAAGCUGUCGUAAGGUCGAGCACAGAGGAGCGGAAGCUGGUUCAAGGCCGAUAUUAGUUGCUUGGCCAUGGACCUCGAGGCGAGGAACGGGACCGGCGGUAACGACGACGAGGAAUACACGAAUAUUUACUUCAUCGUUGGGGAUCGUAGGGAGACGGUCACCUACAAAGCGGAUCAGGUCACCGACAUGGAGCUUAAGGAACUCUUUAGAAAUGCAGCAGAGGCUGGCCCUCUGGACAUCGUGAAGCUUCGCAAAGAGGACAAGCUGUUGAACAUUUCGGCUAAUUUGCCGGCGAACACACCCGACUCUCCCUAUGUUCUUCAGAUCGUCGGAGCACAUCCGGCCUCGUCUGGGGUGAUCGAGGCGGAAGUGCUGUGGGCUCUUGAGAGACGUGUGGCGGCCUUGGAACAGCAACUUCGGGAGCACCAAGAAGCUCUGAACGCGUCGCCAUCGUAUGCUCUUCGCGAACUAAAGCGGCAGGUCGACAGUUUCAAGAACAAGUUGGAGCACAACGAACAACUCAGUUGGCUGAGUUUCUACAAACAGCUUCCAGAGCCUCUCUACGCGGAUUCCUGCCGCAGAUUGCAGUAUCGUCGGAAGAGCGACAGCAUGAAGCGGAAGGUGCGAGAAAAGUUCCUCAACAUCUGCGACGUUUCAGUAUCGUCGAACGUUCGGGAGUGGCUGCACUCACCAGCAUUCGAUGCACGGCAAUGGGAAGACGAAGAGCUUCUAUUGAUGCUGCAGACGAUGUUCGUCGAGCUGGACCUACCUCAAAAGUUUAACAUUCCUUUACCAAUCCUGAGGAACUUCCUCUACGAAGUUUAUAACAACUAUAACGAAGUGCCGUUUCAUAACUUUAGGCAUUGCUUCUGCGUGGCGCAAAUGAUGUACGCAAUAGCCUGGACAGUGGAUCUUCCGUCACGAAUCGGCGAUCUGGAGGUUUUUAUUUUAAUUGUCUCCUGCAUCUGCCACGAUCUAGAUCAUCCAGGAUACAACAACAUUUAUCAAAUAAAUGCCCGUACCGAGUUGGCUCUGCGUUACAACGAUAUCUCACCUCUGGAGAACCAUCAUUGCUCCGUAGCUUUUCGUGUUCUAGAAGCACCGGAAUGUAACAUAUUAGCAUCGCUGGAUAAUGCGACAUAUCGAGUUGUACGCGAAGGGAUCAUCAGGUGUAUUCUUGCAACGGACAUGGCCAGGCACAACGAGAUCCUCGGUCAAUUCACGGACAUCAUCCCGGAAUUCGAUUACUCCAGCAAGGCUCAUAUUAAUUUAUUAUCGAUGAUCCUCAUCAAGGUGGCGGAUAUUAGCAACGAGGCCCGGCCGAUGGAAGUCGCGGAACCGUGGCUGGAUAGGUUGCUACAAGAAUUCUUCAAGCAGAGCGACGCGGAGAAGCUCGAAGGACUUCCAGUGACGCCAUUUAUGGAUCGCGAUAAAGUAACCAAACCCUCGUCCCAAGUCAGCUUCAUCGGUCUCGUUCUACUUCCUCUUUUCGAGGCCCUUGGGGAACUACUUCCACAGCUGCAGAAUCUAAUAGUUCAGCCAGUGCGGGAAGCUUUAGAAUAUUAUCGCAGAUUGAACGAAGCAGCGAAGGACGAGCGGCAUCACCGGAAGAGCAUAGCAGACCUGGGCGAGGCAAAUCUGAUAACCGUAACGUCCGGGACCACCGGGUCAGCUAGCGUCGUGAAAUCUACCUCGUCGCACAGUAUGCGCUCGAAACGUUCCAUAGGCACAGUUCACUCGCGAUCGCGAUCCACCGACGACGAGAUGACGGAGAAUCUGACGGCGGAAGAAGCGGAGAAUCUCGAGAGUUCGGAUCCUGAGACAGCGACCGAGGUGGAGGUGAGCGAGAAAACGUUGAAGUUCAAAAUCUCGACCGAGGGGACGUUGACUGGGCCGGCAACAGGUAGGAAAAGCUACCCGGGUAGUCGAAAGGGUAGUCGAGAGAAAUCGUCACUGGAUUAUCAUAGUCACGACCUAGCCAGGGCUGUUAGGGAUCACGAGCGCGAAAGAAGACGCAGUAAAGGAGAGAAUCUUGGCAGCGACCUGAGCUCGCCCGUCAGUGCGUGGUCCGCGGAAGGAACCAGAAUCCUCGAGGAGCUGGAGAAAGACGAACCCGUUUUCCUAGAUGCGAAAUGGAACGAACGAAAAAUGGUGGAGGGCAACGGUAACGUGGUAGUCGAAACCCAGCAGAGGAACAACCUGAAGAAAACGAGUAGCUUAGUGGAGAACGAUCAGGAGAUGAAGUCUAGUCGCAAAGAGGUACAGAGGGAGACGGUUGGGCUCCGGUGUUGUUGCGAGGAUAAAACAGGACCCAACAAUCACAAGUCCAUCUUUUCCAGAUUAAGAAACUUCACGGAUCGGCUGAGUAUCAGCUUCGACACGAAGGACCCUACUGCGCCGAAGCCUACGAAACACGUAACGAAGACGCUGAACAAAAGCAACUUGAUGGCCACGGCGACCACUUCUUCCAGGCGCAAUAACUCUCUAUCAGUUUGCAAGCGUUGCAACCUUACUAAAGUCUCGGUGAAAGAGGGCAAAGCUAUAGCGACGGUGGUGGAAUUAUCUUCGGUGGAUAAGCGUGCUAUGACGUUGCCAAAGGUGAGGAAAUCGACGGAGUACAAGAACAGAGGCAGUGUCUGGAAGGUGUCGUUCGUCAAGGAGAAAAGAUCGUCCGCUUCGUUGGAAGCUUUACCGAGCGCGAUGUCGGAGAGAUCCUUGGCGAAACAUCGGCGAAAUUUUUCGAAUCCCGAGAGCAAGUCGCACAGUCUGAAAGAAGCGAAGGAUCAAAAGAUUCUGGAUAUCGAGUUCAGAGAAAUUGACGUGCGUACGAAGAAGCAGCAGCAACAACCGGAGAUCGUUGUCAAGCCUGAGCACGGGUCCAGAGAGGCUGUACAAGAAGAUAUAGGCAAAAUAGAAAUUAGGAGAAGCUCGGCGAGCAUGGAGGAUAUCUCGAAGAUGGCGAAGCAGACUGAAAGCGUAAUGCUCGGUUCGUUAGAGCCAAAGAAGACGGAGGAACGUCCACACACGGGUAGUUUGGACUCAAUGUUGUGCAAGGAGUCGGCCAAAUCCCGGAAAAAGCCAACGUACUCUUCGCCAACUGCAACGUCCAAGAAAUCGCCUGGUCUGUUGUCGCGAUUCAAGUCUGGCAUGAGUAUCGACAGCACCAGGAGCAACAGCAACAGCGAUUCUUUGCACGACCAAAGCUCGCAAUCUCCGAGCGGCUGGAUUUCCUCUCUGACGGCAAGCUUUCGACCAAAGAGGCAGGUAUCGGAAGUUCCGUUGUCGUCGCAUCCUCCGCAUUCAUCGAGUCGCGAGGAGAUCAAGUGAUACGGCCUGGUGGUCGAGGACUCUUCCGAGAAACAGUUGUCGGGCCUGCACAAGUGGCUGGCUGAGAAUAUUUUCUGUUGCAGCAGUUAAGGACGUGUGCCCGCGUUUCGUGUAGUGUCGAUCCACGAACCGAGGGUUGACCGCCAUUUUCUCGCGCGUUAACACUAGAGAAGUCGAUGAUUAUCAAAAGGUAGGAGGAGACGUUGGAGCCAAAGAUCGUUGACGAAGGCUGAAAUUAAAAGAAGAAGAUCGAGAGAUACCGUGACGUUAAGUGCACGGAAGCGAAGGAAAUCGAGUGACGAUCAGAGCGUUCGUGUUCCGUCGACAUUGAUUUUCAUUAGAUUGUAUCGCCGGCCAUUGUUGGAUCACAUCUGUCUGUUAAACUGAAAACGAUUAUUUACCUCGACCUCGUGCGCUAGAUGUUAUUCGUAAGGAAAUUUCCGAUGAGGCUUUUCUCGAUCGACCGAGUCGCCACGCGUUAUGUAACAAUCUAUCGACGACCGAUCGAUCGGUCAGGAAUUACGAAAUAUAGUAUCGUGACAAUCCUCUAUCCAAUAGGAUCCUCAUUCCGCCAUUUGAACACGUCUUGACUAUUCUGAGUCUGGAUAAACCGGGUCACGGAAUGUUGCGUUUCUCGCGUGAAGCUCGAAGGGAUUUUAACUUUAAGAAUUUUUGAGCCACGUGUGUUCGGUAUCGGGCGACCACGGACACGAUCGUACACCAUCACCUGGACGAUUUCCGGGACAAGCCUUCUCUUCGACGAGGAGGCAAAGAAAAACAUUAGCGAAAAAAAUCUGAUUGUUCUGCCGCAUCGAAGAUGAUUUGGGAAUUUAUUAGAAUGUAACAGUUGAAAGUGAGUAGAGGCAGACGAAGAAAGAAAGUCUCUCGACUUUCAAGUCAGUUGUACGAAAUUCAAAUCAUCGUUUAAAGAAAAAAAAAAAGAAAAAAAAAGGAAAAAAUAAGAAAAAAUAUGUCUUAGAGUACGUGCGUGUAGUAUGUCGAUUAGCUGUUCCCAAAUGUAACCAGAAAUGUGUGAGUGUAAUUAACGUUCGUAUCGAAGCCAAACUGUCGAACAGCUGGCGAAUACCAAAUAUAUGUAUAUUGCUCCUAAUUAUCGAUCUCCGUUCCGAGAGCAGAGUGAAUGGAAGAGGAGAGUGUGUUAGAAUGAAAGGGAGGGAGAGAAAGGUAGAAGGAAAAAUUACGUACGAUAAAAUUUAAAUGUCGAGAUCAGGUGGUGAGAACGAAUUGAAAUUAGAGGAAAUUAAUGGAGAAGAAGAAGAAAUUAGAUCAGAAAAGGGAAUUGAAGUUAAGAAAGUAGGAGAGAAGAUAUAUAUGGAUGAACGGCCUGAAAGAUAGAAGAAAGUGAAAAGGCGCGGUAUAUAAACUAUUUUAUUUAUUGUCCAAUUAAAAGGAUAGCCUAACGAGUAAUCAUUAAUGUUGUUCGUUAUUAUACAUAUAUACAUAUAUAUAUAUAUACAUAAAAAAUAUAUAUAUAAAUAUAUGCAACUCCCAUCGAAACGCAUAACGUAUAUAAAUAUUAUAAAUACAUAAGAAGAAAAAAAUGAUCGUACGAAGAAGCAGGUCCAUUGUAACACACAAGUUCAGCGUGUAAGUAGAUAGAGAAUGCAGCAGAUCUAGACAGGCACGUCGUGUCGAAUUACAAUCCGAAAAUAUUCAUGCCUCGUUUGAGACAAGAGGAAGAAAAAGAAAAGAACUAAAUAAAUUGGAAAAGAAAAUGGUAAACCUGCCCAGCGACGAAAAACGAGAAGACACGAAAAAGCAGAGAGAAGAGAACGGAAAGAAAUCUUCGUGUGUCGUAAACGUCGCGGAGAAAAAGAGACGAACCCGAUCGUUCGAAUUAUAUCUCGAGGCGAAUACUCGCACGAUUUGGAAAAUGAUUUUGUUGAUCUGUCAGAAAUUUAGAUGAAUGUUAAAUAAACGCUGUUUCCUCGUUGAGAAGGUGUCUUCCUCUGAUUUAAAAACUAUGAACAGUUAUUCCAGUCGAGAAUUACAUAAACCGAAAAAAUGUCGUUAGAAAGUCGCUAGUAUCCUCUGAUCUAACGAUUCUUGUACUUCUUCUACUCGUAGUCGAUAAACAACACCCUAUCCCCGAGAAUGGUAUUCGCUUAUCUACUCGCUAAAUUUUUAAUGGAUCGACAAAAAAUGUAUCCUCCGUUUAGUUGAAUAUUUUAAGAACGCGUUUAGAACGAGAAGGAGGCGGGUAAAAAACGAAUAAUACGAUUAUAAAAUGGAUACAGCCUAACGUAGAAGAACACCCUCGUGAUGCACGCGUUUUCAGCCUCGACACAGCAUCAAUUCUCUGCGCAACGGUGUCUCGCUUUUUCAUUUUUAGAUGUUUAUAUUUUUAUACUCCACCAGCAAUGUGUCUCUACGGCGAUGAAAAACCGCAUGUAUUGUUGAAGUCUAGUCUUACGUUAUCGUCUUCAGGACACCCCCCAAAAAAUGAUUGAAUUUUUUUGGGGGCAUUCUUCGUUUUUCUACGGCGAUCGUAGAACAGGAAGAAAAAAUCCUGUAUCCACGCGAUCAGCUCUCUGCAUUCUGCGUAAUGCUUGUUCGAUUUUGUCUCCCCUCUCGAGAGAAGCCGCGGGAAGAGAUUCGUUCGCUGUAUUUUCGAAAUACCUGCUCCUUUCUGGGUUAAUUUAAAAAAUUCGAUCAACAGGGAGACAUCGAUUUGUUUUUUAAGUAAGAAACUUUGAUCUCGAACUCGCCGUUUAAUUAAACAUUUUCUUUUCUUUUUUUUUUUUUUUUAAUCAAUCGUAGACGUUUGUUAGUCGAUAAAUCUCUUCCUACGGCGGCCAAGACUUGCGAGAGCAUCCUCAGUCCAGCUCUUCCCUGAUCGACCGUAAACAUUGAUCGCGUGAAUCCUUCCAUUUCGUCGUCGAAUCUCGUGGAAUACUCGACCCACGUAGACGAACAGAGAGACAGGAUCGGCGAGUGUGAUGGUGUGUUCGAGCAAGUGAGCCAUGUCGAAACACACAACGUUGUAAACACGCUAUAAUGUAACUUAUUAAACUUCCAGUGGUACGAGGCAAAAAAAGUAUUUGAUCUUAACACCCUCACGAGUAAACCAGAAAAUACAUGUUUCCAUCGAAGAAUCGAAAUUCCUCGGUUCUAUCGCACCAACGACUGAUUAUAAAAAUCAAAUGCUUUUUUCGUUCUAUCACUCGCUGUCUGUGCCUGAUCUUUGUUAAUAUUUAUUUGUCUCUUCCUAGACGUUAAAUCGAUUACACGUGUACUAGAGAUUACAGUAUAAUGGAGCAAUCGGGCAAGUCCGUUUUCCUAGAAACUCUCGGACCAUUCCGUGUCGACAAUCGAAUACUCCUCAUUGAAUCGUCGGUGUUGUACUAAUUUUCAAAUUUUGAAUCGCGGGCGCGAUCAGCCGAACUACUAUAAAUAAUAUCGCGUUGAUCGAGCUCGAUACCAAAAGCAAAACGAGGCUUCGAGGAAGAAAUGACUGAGAACAGGAGGAGGAACGAAAUUCGGUGGUCCAAUCGUUUAAUUCGCGACGAGGUAGUCCUCGUGUCCCAAUUAUUCUCGUCAAUUACCGCAGCGUAAUCGAUCGUGCGUUUUCUCUUGCCGACAAAAAAAAAAAAAAAAAGAAAAAAAAAGAAAAAAGAUGAGAAUGAUGGUCAGAAGAGAUCGGAAUGGUGUCACGAUCGGAAAUCGUGAACAAAAAUAGGGCACAGAAUGUGAUUUUCUGAAAUACACGCUCGAAGAGAUCCGCUUUAAAACGAAUUCUAUCGUCCGCAACCUUUGUGAUCUUCGUUUCGUCGCCCACUCAAUUACCUUCGCCGCGGAUGCGGUGCUAAUUAACAAACAAAGGAGCGAUCGUCGCGUUAAACGGACGUCGACAAGCGCAUUGUGACGACCACGACGUUGUGAAUCGAGACGCGCCCAGAUGACUUCGUUUUUAUUUGCCGUGAGAACCUGUGAGAGUCACGUGAAUUUCAGACGAAUACAGGCCGGAGAUGUACACGGAUUUGCUUCGAUUUCGAGAAAGUGGAGAUGGAGGUGAAAUUGAAGAGAAGCGGGGCCAAAGUUCAGAAAGUAUUACUAGUUGAAAUAGAUUUGAAAAAUUAGCGUAACAUGGGACCGAAGAUUGUUCAUAAUUAGGAAAAAUGUAAAGUAAGAUUUUGGUAGAGAAAAUCCUUGAUAUUUGUACAUUAACAUUUCCACGUUUUUCCUUUUCCUAAUUUCCAGUCCUAUUUAGUUGAUUCAGUAAAAUCGACAUUCCCAGGACUCAUUCGGUCCCAUCAACCUGAAAUCUCGAACGACCUUUGUGCUCUCCUGUUAUACUCUUCCUUAGUAUCCUAAUUUUACGUACUUUGACUAUUUCGUGCGUUUGUAACGUCUAAAACACUAUAAUUUCGCGAUGAACAUUCACGUUCACAAUGGAUAUGUUUGUUUCUAUACGGUAAUACCUAAAAACGUAUCUUCAAUUUAUCUUUCAUUGAAUUUUCUAAUGAGGAAAUCAUAGUUCCCUAUAUUUUACAAUUGCAUAGUUUAAUUAACGACUAAAUAACUUUAAGUUACGAGUUAACAAUUUUCACACUACACGUAUAAUCGAAACCGAAAAGGAAACCGAUCGUCAGCUUUAGCGGUGAGACUGCUAAUAAAGUGGCAGAGCAAUAUCAAUUAUCGAAAUGCACCGAUGUAAACGAUCUUUUAAUAAUAAUAAUAAUAAUAAUUUGCGUUCUAGAAAAGAUUAAUCUUAAUCUUUCGAUCGAAUGUGCUUCUAUAAAUUUUCAGGAAUGUUUCUAUCACGUACUUCGUUUACUUGAUGUGUUUUCCUCCAAAGCCUUACUCAGAUAAGAUAGAGAAGAAACGAACGACGAAAAUUAAUCAUAUAAACAUGAAUAUGUAAAUUCUAUGACAAAUUGAUGAAAUAUUUUCGUAUAAUUGUCAAGCUGAAGAUGAGCAUUUCGAAUAGUAAGCGAUAGGUAAAUAUGGAUAAUUUAUUUGAAGAGACACUAUCGCGAUAUAUCAACUCGAUGAAUUUAACGUUGUGAGUAAUAUGUUACAGAGGAAUAUGUAAUUAACUCGACAGGCUAGUAGCCUCCGGAGACUCCAUAGAUUACAUUAGCUGCGAGUAUCAUUUUGCUAUGACUAAUGAAAUGUUGUUUUCGACAAGUAGCAAGUUAAUUAAACAUGACGUUAAAAAUUUGUAAACGUGUGAUUAUUAAUAUAAUAUAAUUUCUAAACUUGAGCAAAUUAUUCUCGUUAAAAUAUACAAUUAUCAGAAAAAACGGAAGGAAGUUCCUAGCACUACGCUUCUCCUCGUGUUUCUCGUGUGCUAUUUGAAUUGCAAGUUCACGUGACUCCGAAAAUCGAGUAAACGAUAGAUGUAAACUGAAUGAUGUUACGUUAAGAUCAGUGUAGACGAAUCGACGUGGCAUCAAUGUGAUUUUAUAACGAUGAUCUUGUGCGGUUUAAUUAAGCAGAUUAAUAUACUGUUCUCUGAGUUAAUAUAACUACAUCCAGAUCUGGAAAAUUAUACUGAUUCGAAGUCAGGGGAAGGAAAGUUUUCAUUCGAAGAAAUGGGUCGAGAAAUGCGAAUGGCGUACGAACAAAAAACGGCUCUAGAUGUAUGUAUAACGUAUAUUUACCUGGUGAAAAAGGAUUAUGGAACGGAGGACGUGAAAUAACGGCUAUGCUCGCUGGCGAGUUACUAUCACAGAUAUUGUAAACGAUGAAUUGUAUAGUUAUUAUGUGUGUAAAAGUAUCGUGAAACAAAUUCAAAUGUUGCAGAGGCGUGUGCCCGAUGUUCGUAAGUAUGUACAUACAUACGUUGUUCGAUUAUGACGAUCGAUCGCUAUUCUGCUCGUAUGAUAUUAUAUCGAACGAAGAAACGAAGAAGCUACCUCUUAAUAUUCGGAAGCUAAACAAUAGCAAGAGUAUUAAAACGCCGCGCAGGUGUUCUCCGAAACUUUCACUCGAUAGCAUAGAAUCGAGAAUCACGAAAAUCAUGCUCGACCAUUCGUGGAUGUUCGACGCUUCACUCUAGAAACUGACACGAUACAAAUGAUCAGAAUGGAGAGUUAUGUCACAGAUUACCGUGACUAAUGCGCGUAUCGAACGCCAUCGUCGAACAAUGGCUACGAACAAGGUGCCAGGAUACCGUAUGGUAUUCGCCAUUCCAACUUGAUUCUAAGGUGUCGUAAUAAUAUAUUACAGAGAUUUAAUUGUAAGUUGAGCGGCGGUCAUGCACUGGCCACGAGGCGGCCAACCGGCCGAUUAGUCUCUUUUGUAAAUGAGAAUAAGUGAAUGAAAUAAAUAUAUACAUGUGACCGCGUAAGUGAAACAAAA